UUCGUUCAACCCGAAGUUUUUUAUUUUUUUUUAAUUUUUUUUUUCGCAAAUUAUUAUAUUAAAAUUAAAAUUUUUACUAAAAAACACAAAUGUACACAAUGCAAUUACAUAUAAUUUAGAAAAUCUUAUGUCAACUUCUCUUUUUAAUUAUGGAAUAAAAUACACACCCAAUUUAAUAUAUGACAUAAAACAUAUUGUUAAAAAUAAAUAUAAUACAAAUGGGUUAAACGGGUCAACCCGCCAACCCGAUCGGGUUGACACGGACCCGGCCUGUUUAGCUAAACGGGUUUGCGGGUUCAACCUGAAACUGACCUGAACCUGUUUAGACUAAACCCAAACCCGUGAAUUUCGUGUUAGGUUCAUGUCGUGUCAGAAGUUCGCACCCCUAUGUUUACCAUUACUUUCAUCAUUUCAUACUUAAUUUUUAUACAGAGUUAGUUCCAUCUUAUCAUUCAUAGGUAGGGUUAAUUUAAUUAAUUAUCUAUCACAACUCAUGUGUAUUUUUCUUGAUAAAGCAAUCAACUUUAUCAAACCCAAAACCGGACAAAUCAUCGAGGCAAAUGGAUAAGAAAUUUGUGAAGAAUCAGGAUUCCAAGAAGGUAGCCGUGGGUCCUAAAGGCCAACCAUUAGAAAGCAACAACAGAAAAGGGGAAAACCCUAUUCGAGUCCCACCAACCACAGAGCCACAAGGUUCUAGAUUCCCAACUACAUCGAUCUGCAGGAACACUGCAUGUAAAGGUGUGCUUUAUGAUGUUGACCGCUUCUGCAAGAGGUGUUCAUGCUACGUUUGUCAUUCAUUUGAUAACAACAAAGAUCCUAGUCUUUGGUUGGAAUGCGCAUCAGGUUCAUGUGGGUCAACUUGCCACAUUGAGUGUGCCCUCCAUCGACGAAAGGUCGGAGUGGUUGAUCGUGGCCAAGGGAUGCGGCUCGAUGGGAGUUAUCGUUGUCCGUCAUGUGGUAAUACCUCAGAGAUCCUUGGGUAUUGGAAAAAGCAGCUGACUGUUGCUAAAGAGUGCCGCCGUGUCGAUAUCCUAUGCUAUAGGAUAUAUUUGAGUUUUAGGAUUCUAAAUGGCAUAUUAAGGUUUCAAGACCUUCAGAAAUUUGUUAUAGAGGCAAAACAAAUAUUAGAGACGGAAGUGGGCCCACUGGGUGAGGUGUGUGCCAAGCUGGCGCGAUUUACUGUAAGCAAACUCUCUGUCGCAGGAGAAGUGCAAGCUUUGUGUAAUGCUGCACUCCAAAAGGCAGAUGAAUUUUCUGCCACACGUUCUAGUGCCCCAGGUGGUAAAGAAGGCUCUGUUCCUCAAAUGGAAGGAACAUCUGGUGCCAAACAUGCUGAACCAGACUCUAUACUUAAAGGCCGAGACUCUGGGAAACUGCCACAACUAACUUGGGUUGAUGUUGAAGAACAAGGAGGCUUGGAUGAUAUAUCAGGUCCAGAAUUGAGUGGGCUUGGUCAUCUGGUCAAGCACAACACUUCGAAAGCUGACGGGUCACCAUCCACGUCAAACGGGCUGCACACGAAUAUUGUAAUAGUUCCUGACGUAGAUGACGAAGCUGCUCCGAAAGAUAUCCCUAGGGAUGAAGCAGAUCUCCGUGGUAAUGUGGAUGAGAACUAUGAAUACUGUGUGGUGUUCCGAAAGCUUGAGCGUGAAGGGCACAUCACGAAGGAAUUUAGACGAAAACUGUUCACGUGGUUUCCUCUGAGUUCAACCGAGCAUGAACGUAGAAUGGUUGACGCUUUCAUCCGAACACUCGGGGAUGACCCUCAAAGCUUAGGAGAACAGUUGGUUGACUCCUUUGGCGAUAUCGUGAACAAGAAAAGGCCCAGAAGUUAAUUCUGCAGUUUCUUGAUACAGGUAUUUUCCCCCUCACCAUUAGAGCAGCUGGACUGGACCUCAAAUCUCACUGGUGGGUUUUGUACCUGGUGGGCUUGAGCCGUAUAUGGAUGGAUGGCUUGAGUUGAGUUUCUUGAUCAGUGAGAGAUGAAGACGGGUGUUGCAGUAGAGAGAGAUGAAGAAGGGUGUGAUGAGUGAUAGAAAGCGGAUAGCAGGUGGUUUUUGAUCGAUGAGAGAGAGAUAAGAAGUGAGAGAGAACAUGAGUCCAAGUACUUUUGUUAGAAGUAAUUUCAAUUCCAAUUCCUUAUAUGUCCCAAUUAAACGAAUAAAAUGUAAAUUCCAAAGAAAUCUGUGAACCAAAUAGCCUGCUAUUCUUUCUUGGCUUUGUAAACCUGGCUUUUUGUUUUUCUUUCCUUUCUGAUGUGGCUUAUGUGCCACUGGAAUAUUAUAUACAAGUUAACGUGAUGAAUAAGACUGUAUAGUUGUAUAUCA